GCCGCGAUCAUGAAAAGAGAAUAGUGGUUGUUUAUUUCGAUUUAUACAAUGGCUUUUACUGGCGGGAGCGUUUGUAGCGCAAUAAAUUGCACUAACAACAGGAAGAAGACACCACAGCUGUCUUUUUUUAGGUUUCCUAAGGAUCCUGAGAGGAGCAGAAAAUGGCUUGUUAAUAGCAGGCGAGAAGGCCUCAUUAAGAAAGAACCAGUGUACCUGUAUAAUAAUAUUAGGUUUUGUUCGCCACAUUUCGAACAAAACCAGUUCAUGAACGCAGACAACAACAGACUCGUGUGGAAUGCAGUACCCACACUGUUUGACAUUCCAAAUAAGCCACCUCAGCUGACGAUGAAGAGGAAACUGCCACAAAGAUUCGACAGUCAAUCUAAAGCAAUAAAACAGUCCUAUGACACAGAAGCAGCCGGUUCAACUCUGCAUGUAUCAGUGCCAGAUUCGUGUGAAUCGUCAACACGGACUUGCUUUGACGAUGAAGUGGUUAGAUUAUGUGCAGCUGUUCGUGUCUUACAAAAGCGUGUGAAGUGUCAGAAUGUGCAAAUCGCUAGACUUUGAGCGAAACUAUUACGGGACAAGGAAAGUGCCUACAGACAGCGACAGAAACUGUAUCAGAAGGAGCAAGUGAACAAGGACAAACGAAUGUUAAAGACUGUAGGACCCCGAUAUUUAAAAAAAGUGCCCUUGACUUGUUGGUAAGCCAGAUUACCAUGCCAUUGAGAGAAAAACGUGCUG